UAGUUCGGUAAACAUCGAGAUGGCCGGCGGUAUAAUUUCUAGUUCAGGUGAUUCGAAGAAAGAAUUUGAAGGAAAGAUCACUUCUUAUGUUGUGAUUUGUGGGAUAAUCGCCGCGACCGGUGGAUUGAUGUUUGGAUAUGAUGUCGGAAUCUCUGGCGGCGUCUCUGCCAUGGACGACUUCCUGGAGAAGUUCUUUCCGGAGGUGUACGUGAAGAAGCAGAGAGCGAAGGAGAACAACUACUGCAAGUACGAUAACCAGAAUCUGCAGCUCUUCACCUCCUCCCUCUACCUCGCCGCCCUCGUCGCCAGCUUCUUCGCAUCUUACUCCUGCACCCGAUUCGGCCGCAAGCGCACCAUGCAAGCCGCCUCCGUCUUCUUCCUCACCGGUGUCGUCCUCGACGCAGCCGCCGUUAAUAUCGUCAUGCUUAUCAUCGGCCGCAUCUUCCUCGGCAUGGGCGUCGGAUUCGGCAAUCAGGCGGUUCCUCUGUUCUUGUCGGAGAUAGCCCCGGUGAAAACCCGCGGAGCGCUCAACAUCCUCUUCCAGCUCAACGUCACCAUCGGAAUCCUCAUCGCCAACCUCGUCAAUUACUUCACCUCCGACAUCCACCCGUGGGGCUGGCGCCUCUCCCUCGGCCUCGCCGGAAUCCCCGCCGCCAUCCUCUGUUUCGGCUCCCUCAUCAUCACCGAAACCCCCACCAGCCUCGUCGAGCGCAGCAAGACCGACCGCGGCCUCGCCACGCUCAAGAAGAUCCGCGGCGUCGACAACGUCGACGCGGAGUUCGCCGAGAUCGUCGACGCCUGCGAGAGCGCCAAGCUGGUGAAGCACCCCUACCGAGAACUGAUGCGGAGGUCUAGCCGCCCGCCGCUCGUCAUCGCGAUCCUCCUCCAGAUCUUCCAGCAGUUCACCGGCAUCAAUGCCAUCAUGUUCUACGCGCCGGUGCUCUUCCAGACCAUGGGGUUCCACAAUGACGCCUCCUUGCUGUCAGCCGUCAUCACUGGGAUCGUCAACGUCUUUUCCACCUCCGUCUCCAUCAUCUUGGUCGAUCGGGUCGGAAGAAAGAUGUUGCUACUCGAAGCCUGCGUCCAGAUGCUCAUCUCCCAGACUAUAAUUGGGAUCCUGCUCCAAGUGUAUCUGAAAUCAAACAACGAUCUCCAGCGAGGGAUCGCGAUCGCAGUGGUGACCCUGGUGUGCGUCUACGUGAUGAGCUUCGCGUGGUCAUGGGGGCCACUGGGCUGGUUGAUUCCCAGCGAGACGUUUCCCGUGGAGACGAGGACGGCGGGGUUCUCCUUCGCGGUGAGCUCCAACAUGCUCUUCACCUUCCUCAUCGCCCAGGCGUUCCUGUCGAUGCUGUGCCACAUGAGGGCGGCGAUCUUCUUCUUCUUCGCGGCCUGGAUCGUGGUCAUGGGGCUGUUCACGGUGUUCCUGAUACCGGAGACGAAGGGUGUGCCGAUCGACGAGAUGGCGGAGAGAGUGUGGAAGAAGCAUUGGUACUGGAAGAGAUACAUGGACCAAAAGGAAGACCUCGAACAACGCGCUUCUUGAAUUCUUUCCUCUAUUUAUCAAAUUUAGAGGAGUUUUUUAGAAGUUUUGUAUCGACAGAACUAGUUUUUGUUUUUGAAAAUUAUAUUAAUGGAUCUUUUCUUUUUUGCGGUAAAGCCCAAAACCAGACUCCAAUUUAACAUAAAAGCCUUCGUAAAUUUAACCUACUGAGAAUUAGGGGUUAAUUGGAGAACAACUCACA